UGUACGGUGUGCAGAAUGGGCCAAUCCUUCAGUAGCAGCAGCAGUAGCGGCGGCGGUCACAACGCAGCUCAAGCUAGAGCUAAAAAAGUACGCGUACGAGGACUUGUUUGUUUGACAAAAACCGGUGACCGGUUAGACGACAAUUCGAUGAAAACUAAGGAGCUCCGAAGCGUUCACACGUGCUGGCAGGACAACUCGAAAGUGGGAAAGUGCGCGGAUAUAAGCACACAUACGCCGAAAGCGUUGCUUUUGAACGAGCGUUCUUGCAGCAAGCAACAUGUGCGUGAAAACUUGACACUUUUGAAAGGGGAGACGAGCUUAUCGAUCGAUGCGAGCUUUGGUUCCGUGUCGGAUUCCCAAAGCGGAGAGAGCGAAGGACUGCGGGGAGAGAACCAUGAGUGUUGCGUCUUACGGGUGGACAUGGAACGAGUGUCGGAAGGAGUUGCCGUGACUCCGGGCGCGGGUUCGAGUGCGAUCGAGUGCCUGAACACGCCGGACUGUGUCGCGGUAGAGGCUACGAACUGCGUGUUUAGUUGUUCGUCUCGGUUAGAUAAAGAAAUGACCAAAACUCCUGGUGUCACUUCUGCACCGGGCGCGCUAAAAACCUCAGUGCCGACUUGGCGAUGUGACACGUUUAAGCACGGAGAGGAGGACCAGCCUCUCUCUAGUCCCGUGGAGCAAGUCGCAAGCCCGUUCACAGGAACUAUUCCUAAACUUAUAGUAACUCAUGAUGAUUUAGAUCCUGGUCAAGACAGUCCGCAAAUAAGUGAUCUAACGUUAAGCAUGGGUGGGUUUUCACUGGACUUGCAUCACGAUGAGGACUCGCCCUGCUCGGACAGCGGAUGCGGAGGCUCUCCUGCGCCCUCUCUGUUCCACAGGAAACUAUCCAGCUCCUCAUCUGCAGGUUUAUCCUCUGCAUCAUCGUUUGAGGAGUCGGAGGAUGAUUUCACAGGGAGUGACAUAGAGACCAGCAGUCUGUCCCCCAGUAUGUGCAACAUGUUUGUCAGGCCGGAUGAAUUAGGAGGGACUAAAUCGUGGCGGAAGAUAAAGACCAUGGUGCACUCUCCAUUUGUGUCCUUUAAGAAACGUUAUCCUUGGGUUCAGCUUGCUGGCCACGCAGGAAAUUUCCAGGCGGGUGAGAACGGAAAACUGUUGAAGAAGUACUGUCAAUGCGAGCAACUGUGCCUUCAACAGCUGAUGAAUGAUAAACUCCGACCAUUUGUACCUGGUUACUAUGGUGUCGUGCAGCACAAUGACCAGGAUUACAACUUGAUGGAUGAUCUGCUGGCUGAAUUUGACUCUCCUUCGAUCAUGGAUUGCAAGAUGGGAAGCAGGACGUACCUGGAGGAAGAGCUUAUGAAGGCCCGUGAGCAUCCUCGCCUGAGGAAGGACAUGUAUGAGAAGAUGGUAGCCGUGGACCCAAGCGCUCCCAGUCCUGAGGAGAGAGCCCAGCAGGCCGUUCUCAAACCAGACUACAUGCAGUGGAGAGAGACGCUGAGCUCAACAGCCACUUUAGGCUUUCGAAUAGAGGGCAUCAAGAAAGCAGAUGGUACCUGCAACACCAGCUUUAAGAAAACCAAGUGUAAGGAGCAGGUGAUGAAGGCCUUGAAUGACUUUGUGGAUGGAAACACACAGUUACUGAGAAGUUACCUGCAGAGACUGGAGGAAUUACGCUGCGUUCUAGAAAUAUCAGACUUCUUCAAGACGCAUGAGGUGGUUGGGAGUUCUUUGCUCUUUGUGCAUGAUGCUUCCGGCCUGGCCCGAGUCUGGAUGAUUGACUUUGGUAAGACAGUCAAACUGCCAUCACCCCAAACCCUUGACCACCGCACGCCCUGGGCAGAGGGAAACCGAGAGGACGGGUACCUGUGGGGUCUGGACAAUCUGAUUCAGAUCUUCGGUGAAAUGUUGCAGAACUCUUAAUCCCGGUCCUGAUGGAUGCGUUGUAUCUGGUUCAAACCUGAAGGACAUAGAGGAUCGAUGGGUCUGUUCUUCUAGCUGGAGGUGCACGAUGGAUAUUAAACCUGAGAUGACCGUGCUCUUUGUCUCUGUGCUGUUGGGGGAGAUGCAAAGACAACCAUUUACAAAUGGAUGGAAAACUGGAGCUGUUGGCCAGAAUUUUGAAAUUCAGUGGUCAGCAAAGUUUGCGUUGUUCUGUGUAGAAACUCCACAAGAGUCAAAAUACACUGAUACUGAAUGAGAACAGACAGUGAAGAGAUACAGACGAGGAUCAACUACAUGAUGUCUGUUUUGUUUUUUAAGGGCACACAGACAUGUUUAUUCUUUUAAGAAUAUUUGCUUAGUUUUCAUGUGCUUUUUUCUCUUUUUUUUACCUUAAGGUAUGUUGACAACACUAUUAGACUGGAAAUUUGCUUUGUUCAUUUGUCUAUUUGGGUUUCCACGGUUAUGUAAAUAAGUUAUUUAAUUGUAUUGACGGUGCUUUUUAUAAGCUUUAUAUGUUUAUAUUUUUAACAUUCUGGUUUUGUUAUAUGAUUAUUUAGAUUUAGUUUCAAUUCACUUUAUUUCCAUAAUCGCUAUCAUGUCUGUAACGUCUAUUAAUAUUCUGCAGGAACUGAAUCAUGGAAACGUUUUAAUUUUGAAACUGUUCAGUUUACUAUAUAAAGAUAUCAAAUGUAAGUGUAGAUAGAAGUUAAACAUUAAAUUACUAUCAAAUAGCAGAAUUUGACUGUCAGUAAGGUAGUCUUACUUUUGGAAAUUUUUACUUCAACACUAUCUGUCUUUCAUGACCGUGAGAAUGAGGAUGAUCAAGGGUUCUCACCAGGAUUGAAUUUAGUCUAUUUAGUGACCAGAUAGCACAGAGUUAGCAUUCUUCAAUACAGCCACGGUUACAAAAAAUGUGUAACAAGCACACCCACAUUAUAUCGUUGUUUUGUCUUGUGUUUUUGAUGCAGUAGUUUAAUCUGUUAAAUUAAUUUUGUGCUGGUUGAGUUGCUUUUUGAGGUGACCUACCGGCCACCUGACUGCAGUGUUCACUUUGUGUUGUCUUGGUUUAGUUUAUAGGAUACGUUAGGAUAUAUAUAUCAAAAUAUCACUUAAUUUACACAGAACAAAUUUGACAAAUUAGCUCCACAAUCUGGUGGAAAGUUUGUUGAUAUGCAUGAGAAGCGUUGUGGCAUUUUUGGUUGCUCAAAUUUGGUGCUGUGGUCAGUAGAAACAUUUCCUGCUUUCAUCAGGCCACAAGCUGUUAUUCUUAAAAAUUUAAUUGGAACACAUAAUAAACAUAAAAUAUCCUCUUGCACAACACCAAACCCACGUUAUUAAUGUUUAAAAAUUAAAAUCCGGUCAUCAUUUACUCACCCUCUUGUCAUUUUAAACCUCUAUGACUUUCUUCUGCAGAACACAAAAGAAGAUAUUUUGAAAAAUGUUGUUAACUUUGAAAUGACAAAAGGGUGAGUAAAUGAUGACAGAAUUUUUUAUUUGGGGUGAACUAUCACUUUAACCCUCCUGGCCUGUUUGACGUCACCAUACGUCAUGAUCUUUAUUUUUUUUGUUUGGCUUAGAUGUUCUUUUGACUUGAGCAGGCCUGUACGUGUCAGUUGGUUAGUCUGUCAACAUUCCGACAUUCCAUGUCUCUGUAUUUUUCCUGUCUGUGGAGACAAUGACUUUGAGACUCUUCUUGAAACCCAUUGCCUUCUUUAAAGUAUUACGUAUUGUUCAAAUGGCUUUUUGGAGGACAUUUUUAUGAGAAUGAGAACUGGAUGCAUUGCUUUGGUGGGUUGUUGGGCCCAUUCAAAACAGUGUGAGUGUUGAACUUGCCGUCUCCUAUGUGUGCUCAGGUGUACUUCAAUGUCUGUUCUCUUGAAAGCCAAUCCAAUAAACUGGAACUGUUAUUGUUUAA